AUGACUACAUUCACCCAGCUCCCUAUUGAGGUACGAGGCAUGAUCUAUGAACAUGCUAUAAUCCCCCGCGCCGUACUUGUCCAUAGGAGAAAGGUUCCUUACAGCGAGUUUGCGCGGGAGUAUGAAAGGAGGCAUAAUAUCACGUUGCAGUCUAAGAGAGACUACAUGUCGGUAUACGUGCAAUGGAAUGCUAGCAACGAAUUCCGCUUUUGGAGUCGUACCAGGAUCCCUGCACUACUACACACGUGUAGAGAGUCGAGGGGUGAACUGAUGAGACUUGGUUAUCGGCUCAUGUUUGCAACACAGCCAAACGAGCCCCUGGUAUGGUUUAAUUGCCGUUUGGACGCCAUAUACUUGUCUGGACCUAAUAUCCCAGCAGGGGGCAUGAGUUCUCUCCUUGAAGGAUUGUAUCAGUCAAACCUUCGCCCCAGGAGAACUAGAGAUGACCUCGAUGAUCAAAUGUCGACAGCGGACAAGACGGAGAUACGUUGGGUUGUGGAACCCAUUGAUUGUGCAGAGUAUCGCUACACAGGAGAGGUUACAGGAUUCGACGGAUACCCGCUCCCAUUCCUGGCUCUUGAUUAA